GUAAAAACCGGGACUGCAGGCAGAAAGGACUAAACUCCUUUUUUGCCUGCAGUCCCGGUUUUUAAAAAGACUCGAAUUUUCGUGCUGACAAGCACAGCGAAGUGACGUCACGUUUUUCUUGCGGAAGUGACGUCACUUCCUGCUUAUUUUUCGUUCCGCCGGAGAUGCUGUCACGACACAUAGAUGGCGCUAGCGAAGCCGCAUGAGCUGCCAUUUAUUCGACAUGUGGGCUUCUAUAGACGUUUGCAAGCGCCGUUCCGUCUUAGCCUCGAACCGCGCGCCGAAACGACGCGCACUCUCCAACAGGGCGUUCUCUCCCCCGUCGGCGCAGCUAGCGGGGACGUCUCUCCGCAUUUUCACUUCCCGGCAACAUUGUGCCGUUUGUUGACUUUACGCUCGUUGCUUGGCGUGGGGACUGCGCCUUUUCGAAAGUUUCUUCCUCGGUGCGCCUUCUUUUCCGUCACUUCGUCCAUAGUGCACGAUGAAUAAUCCUACAAGGUCGUCAGGAGUGCACUGCGCUGUUUUCGGUUGUUCGAACAAUCAUCGCAAGAGGAACAAUCAGAGACAGCAAUUGUGCGCUGCUCACUUGCAAACGCCCUGCGAGUGUGGGAUAGUUAAGUUCCACCGUGUCCCCAAGGAUCCCGAACUGAAAAGAAAGUGGCUCUCCGCGCUGAACCGCAAGGACUUCAAGCCUACGGAACACACCCGGGUGUGCUCGGCGCAUUUCGUGACUGGGAAAAAGACGGGCGAGGAUAUCGUGCCGCAGCUUAACCUCGGGUAUGCGCGGAAGGUUGUCGUUGGGAGACGCCGUUUGGUGCGUGACGCAAGUGAGAAACCGCUGAUCACUAAGAAGCAAAGACUCUCCUCACAAGCUAGCUCUGGAGCUGUCACCGACUGUACGCAACCCGCCGAGCAGGUCAACGUCUCGGCCUCGACGUCACAACCAACUGCUGCUGAGCACACGGUCACUGACUGUACGCAACCCGCCGAGCAGGUCAACGUCUCGGCCUCGACGUCACAACCAACUGCUGCUGAGCACACGGUCAUCGACUGUACGCAACCCGCCGAGCAGGUCAACGUCUCGGCCUCGACGUCACAACCAACUGCUGCUGAGCACACGGUCAUCGACUGUACGCAACCCGCCGAGCAGGUCAACGCCUCGGCCUCGACGUCACAACCAACUGCUGCUGAGCACACGGUCACUGACUGUACGCAAGCCGCCGAGCAGGUCAACGUCUCGGCCUCGACGUCACAACCAACUGCUGCUGAGCACACGGUCAUCGACUGUACGCAACCCGCCGAGCAGGUCAACGUCUCGGCCUCGACGUCACAACCAACUGCUGCUGAGCACACGACAACUGAUCACGGCCAAGUUCGCCCGGAUGUGUGCCACCAGGGGAUCCAGUGGGAAGACCCGUGUCUUUGCGACCAUGCCUACUCGAGGCCCACUGCUCCAACUGCGACGUUUGGUCCUCAUGGUGGUCGUAGCAUUGAGGCGCGGGACAUUUUCUUUUAUACCGGUCUGCAUGCAGAUGUCUUUAUGGAGCUGGUGAAAGUUGUACCAGAGUUUGCGACCACAAACUUCAUGAUGUCAGUAGAGCAGCAAGUUUUACUAACUCUGAUGAAGUUGAGGCUGGGCCUUUUCUAUGGCGAUUUGUCUAGGAGGUUUGGGGUUUCAGUUUCCACCGUAGGCAACAUUUUCCGUGCCAUGCUUGCCACACUUGGGCGGAUCCUAAGGAAUGUUGUUGUGUGGCUCUCGAGAGAGACAAUCUUCAGGAAUGUUCCGCAGUCCUUUGAGGAGAAUGGUUUUGCAGGCACUACUUGCAUUUUGGAUUGCACUGAGGUGUUCUUGCAGCGACCAAAAAAAUUGCUCGCUCGAGCACAGACCUACAGCUCAUACAAAGGCCACAACACUGUGAAGUUUUUGGUGGCUAUUGCACCUCACGGAUCAGUGAUGUUUGUGUCCAAGGUGUACGGUGGACGGGCGUCUGACAAGCAUAUUGUAAGAGACUCGGGAAUUAUUUCCUACUUUGAACACGGGGAUCAGGUGAUGGCCGACAGGGGCUUUUCCCUCGAUCCCGAAAUGGAAGCAAAGGGUGUAGUACUCAAUGUGCCAGCCUUUACUCGAGGGAAGCUUCAGCUGUCAGAACGAGAAGUGACAGAGACCAGAAGGAUUGCGUCUGUUCGCAUUCAUGUAGAACGGGCAAUAAAUAGGAUCAAAUCCUACAGGAUUCUGAAACAGGCACUGCCCAUCCAGCAUCGAAAGGUUGCAAAUGAGAUAGUCUAUGUAUGUGCAGGGCUAUGCAACCUAAAGGGACCUUUGAUCAAGAAGUGAGCUUUUUUCUUGAGAAUUCUGGAGCAGUGAGGUCUGCAUGGCAUACCAGUUCCGAGUUAUCACUUCUCUAUCCUAGAAGCAAUUGAAACUUCUACAAAACUGUAUGCAUGGAACUUUUCUUUUGUAAUUGCCACUUCUUGCAUUGCUUUUUUCGCCCCAGAGUUCCUUUAGAUUACAUUUAUCUACACUAUGUGAGUGUUUUUUUAUUCAGUAUUCAUAUAUUUGAAACAUACUUUAACACUACAUGCUCUCGCAUAACACAAUGGCCUUCAAACCCAAGCUACAAACACGCCCUGCAUAGACUCCAAAUGCUAUGCGCAUACCCCUUCUAGUAAAAGUGGCUAGCAACAUUUUGUCAUAUAACCCAAGUUCAGUUCCGCAAUCUUGUCUGUUCUUUGUGUUACUAUUUUUUCGGGCAUGUUCCUACCGCUACCUUACGCAGGUCCAAGAGUCCACUGUGUAUUUCUGUUGUGUAUUAACGAUUGCACAUCUGCCAAGAUUACAUUUUUUUCAUUAUCUUUUGUGAAGGUGUUGUGUGGAUAGAGCUAGAUGGCCUGUCAUAGUCACAGCAUUGUGCUUGAAACUGUUUUUUUUUAAUUUCUUGUUUUUCCUCUUAUCUGAAAACUGUUGUACAAGCAUGGCCCAGAUUAGUUCAGCCAGUUGUAGCUAACAAACAGUGGCUUGACUUGUGUUAAAUAAUAGAUUUUGAAGUAAUAGGCCAUGUUGAAAUAACAAACUACAGAUUUUGAAGUAAUAAGCCAUGGUGAAAUAACAAACUACUCAAUCAAUACCACUGAAAACCAUGGAUAAGCGAAGCAUCACACACAUUGUAUUGCACAAAACGACACAGUACACUGACCUGCCCAAUCACAUCUGUGCAAGCUGCUUGUACACAUUUGAGAGUGAAAUCUUUCCAGAGUUGGUGUCAUCAACAAAUGCCGGCAAAAGGCUCUUAAAGUAGAAGUUUCUGACCCUUGGCAGGUGGCAGUUCAUAAAGUCCUUGCUGUAUUGCACAACUGCAACCUCGUCGUGACCCUCGGACCACACAUAGAAGUGACAGACGAGAUUGCCAGUGCAGUGCAUCGCAAACUGAACCUGGUGGUAGUACUUAUUUUUUCCUUUGGGGUCCAGCACGAAAACCCCAUUGCCAUUCUUGCGGACAUCAUAGGUUCCAGAUUCUAGUAACGCUGAGCAGUUUGGUACAUUAGGACACUUUAUCUCCAGAAGAGCAUCAAGUUCAUCGAUGAUUCCAUCAGGGCUGGCUGCGAGCCAUGGCAGCUCAGGACAGACCACCAGUCCUACUUGUCGAACAGCACAGUUGUAUCUGUGCAUGAACUUGCUCCUAGCUUUGGGUUCGCUGCGGCGGCCAUGCUCGGUUGCUUUGUUCCCUCGAAAAGUCGGGUGAAGAAUGUCCUGCACAGCUUUGGAAGGGUUGGUUGAUGCCCUCAUAGGUACCCUUUUUAUCAUGGACGAUGUUAACCGCAUGCGGCGGCUCUCGUGCCAGAGUGUGCAGUUGCCUUGCUCUGCCGUUCUUUUGCAGAGUAGGUCCAUGGCAGGUGCAUGGAUGGCUACAAGCUCGUUGUAUGCCUUUGAGCAGGCGGAACAGCUGUUGGGAAGGGUCGUUGCAUCUUCAUGGCUGCUGUGACCGAGUGAAGGCAUUGUAUCGCACUGAACUGCUAAAGGGGGUGCAGGGUCUCGUGGAGGCGCCAUCAAUGUCUCGUGAAACAAGGUCCCCGAGAUCUCCAUGAGCCCAGCAAGGGGGCCCUCCUUA